AGUUAUGACCACAAGAAAAAUGAAAAGACAUCAAGGAUGUUUAUUCAAAAGUUUGUAAGAAACGCAUAUGCUACACUGUGAGAAGAAUAAGCCGAAGAAGAAAGUGAAUUUAUGAGAAUGAUAUAAAAUUUAUGAAGAUUCCAUUUGAACACAAUUACGUGAAAACAUAACAGAAUCUUGUGGAAGUAGACAUACGAUUGAAAAAUGGAAGAGAUAGAAGAAGUUUAUGAGGUCAACGACGUAUCUGAGAAGCAAGGCUCAAAUUUAGAGGAUUGUGAUGAAGAAGGCACUGCAGAGUAUCUGGAUUUAGAUUUGGAAGUGAUUAAUGCUCCUGAUGCUGAAGUAUGCUAUGCAAAUGAAUCUAUCAUUCCUAUUGAAGGGGACCAUAUUGAAAUUAGGGAACCCAAAUUGCAAGUUAAGUCUUCUUUAUUAAUGUCAAAUGUUAAUGGUAACAAGGAGUCAAAAUCAUGGGCAAAGUAUAGACCAAUUAGACCAAAACCUUAUCAAUCAAAUAUAGUCAUUGAUAAUCAUGCUAAUUUCAUACCCCCUAUGAUGACACUUUCGCCCACAAAAUCAGUAACAAACUUUGAAACUAGAAGCUCUACAAAGUCUAAGAGAAAGAAUCGUGAGGUCAUUAUUGAUCCAGCUAAUAUCAAAGUAGAAAGUUUUCAAAGAUCAGGUGGUGUUGAAAGAAGCAUCGAAAGGAAUAGACUAAAAUCUCAUGAAAUUGCACAGAGCAUAAUGGACAAUACUGUAGAGAAUAAGCAGGUUGGUCAUGGCAAGGACAGUAUAGAGUUAUUUUUUGAUAGCAUGGCACAAACGGUUCUAAGUUUGCCCAUGCAUGUUCAAGCUAAAAUAAAAAUGGAUAUCUGUAGAUUAGUUACAAUGGCUGAAAUAGAACAUUCAACACCCACAAGAACAUUUAACCGACAUUGAAAACCGUAAAUCUUUUCAUAAAAGUAACGUCACUUCAUAAGUCUAUGCCGUUAUACUUAGCAUAAAUAGUGUACAAGUCAUGAAUAUUUUGUACAUGGAGAAAGAAUUAAAGACUACCACACAUCAGUUAAA